AUGAAAAAUUAACAACAACCUCAACCAUAGAAAGAAUAAGUUUUAUAAUAACUUCGAAAUAUUUAAUAACAAAUAGAGGAGUUAAAGGACAAUUAAAUUAGUGCAUCUGAAAAUUUAAUAAAUGAUUUACUUAAUGUAAACUAAAAAAUUGAUGCAAUCGAAUCCUUAAUGAACAGUUUAUCUCCUAAUUAAAUUUAGUCAUAAAUUGAAUCGAAAUAUAAAAGACCAGAAUAACCAAAAGCCUUUUAAAUUAAUAAACCCAUCAUUAAUGAAUUGCAUUUAGAUUAAGAAUAGAAGAAUUAAUUUUUUGCAUUGAAUAAUUUAAAAGGGAAAUAAUAUAGCGACUAAAUCAGUUAAGCUUAUUAAUAACCAUAAGAGGUUAAUCAAACAAAUAUGGUUCUUUUAAAAUAACAAAAAGAUUAUAAUAUUGGAUCAAAUCAAAAUAAAAUAACAUCAAAAUAAAAUAAAUAAUAAUUUAAUGAUAAUUAUUAAAUUAACACAUGUUUAUCUUGUUAGAAUUAAAAUAUCGGUUUAAUUUAAACUCCAUGUAAUCAUUUUUUUCAUCCAAAUUGUUUAUAAAAAUAAUAUGACUAAUAAUAAAUGGAUUAUCAUAAGACAUAAGCAUUUUAUUGUUUAUGUAAGUGUAAAUUGCUUUCAAGUUUUUUUCUAAGAAAUUUAAAAAUUGAUAGAGAAAGUUUGUUUAAAAAGUAAUUGCGUAUUAUUCAGCUAAAAUAUUAAAAUUUAUUCCAAUAAUGUAAAAAGUGUUAAUUAAUAUGGAUUUAUGAUAUCUAUUAAAAAUCUACUGGAUAUUGUAUUAAUUGUGGAUUCUCAUUUAAUAAUUGA